AUGGCGGGACGAGUACGGCAACCCAUUGACGAGCGGGCGUUUACCGCGUACCUCUCCAACAAUGUGCCCGAGAUCAAGACGCCGAUUGAGCUGAAGCAGUUCGGUUUCGGCCAAUCCAACCCGACAUAUCAGAUCACGGCGGCCGACGGCCAGCGGUUCGUCAUGCGCAAGAAGCCCCCCGGGAAGCUGCUGUCCAAGACGGCGCACAAGGUCGAGCGCGAGUACCGCAUCAUGCACGCGCUCGAGAAGACGGACGUGCCCGUGCCCCGCACGUACUGCCUGUGCGAGGACGAGAGCGUCAUCGGCACGCCCUUCUACAUCAUGGAGUUCCUCGACGGGCGCAUCAUCGAGGACUUCACCCUCCCCGGCGUGGAGCCCGAGGUGCGCAGGGAGAUGUGGCGCCAGGCGGUGCUGACGCUGGCCAAGCUGCACGCCGUCGACUUCCGCGAGGUCGGGCUCGAGAGCUUCGGCAAGGGCUCGGGCUUCUACAACAGGCAGAUCAAGACGUGGAUCACCAUCUGCGCGAGCCAGUCCAGGGCCGUCGACGUGGAGACCAAGGAGCCCGUGGGGCAGCUCCCGCACUUUGACGAGACGGUGGACUUCUUCAAGGAUGAGAAGUGGCAGCCUCGGGACCGGGCGACGCUGGUGCACGGCGACUUCAAGAUUGAUAAUUUGGUCUUUCACAAGACGGAGCCGCGGGUGAUUGGUAUCUUGGAUUGGGAAAUGUCGACCGUCGGCCACCCGCUCUCUGACAUCUGCAACUUCCUGACCAACUUCUUCACCGCCAGGCACGCCGGCGCCACGCCGAAUGACACCUCCGGCUUCCUCCCAGGCCGCACGCCGGGCCUGCCCCAGCCGGAGGAUAUCCUGGGCUGGUACAGCGGGGAGGCUGGAUGGGACCCUUCCCCGGACAUGGGCUGGGGCAUGGCGUUCAACAUCUGGCGGCUGGCGGCGGUCUGCCAGGGCAUCGCGGCGCGGUAUGCGGCGAGGCAGGCCAGCAGCGAGAAGGCUAAAAAUUACGUGGUGACGGUGAAGCCGCUGGCUAGGUGUGCUUGGACUCUGGCGAAGGAGGUGAGGGACGGGAAGUCGAUGGCAAAUAUACGACCUCACUAUACUCUCAUCGCACCUCACCGUGACGCCCUGGCGAGGGAGACAGCUCAGGCGGCCUGCGCGGCCAUGUCGACCAGACGGAGGAUACAGCUGGUCCAGCCCGAUGAGCGACGUCCGCUGUUGACCAGCCGAGACUCAGAUCGCAUCGAGGGUGCUGAGGGGGCCAGCGAUCCCCUCUACAGCUGCCGGACCGACCCGCACUCCCAUUUGCCCGUCUACACUAACAUCCAUCGCAUCCGACGUGAUAUUAUCAGCGUCGUCGAGGAUUACCUGAGUCUGACCCAGCUCACGGAUGUGCGUAUCAACGUGACCGUUGUCCGUCCACUGGUCGACAAGUUUUAUGAGCUUGACGAUAUUUCUAUCGUUUACUGUCUGUUGGUCAACAGAGCCCAGUUUCUGGAAGAGCAGGCUAGCCUGACCAAUCGGCAAAAUGUCAAUUGGACGCGAGCCACGCUCUGCGAGCUCAUCGCAACACGAAUUCUUCGGCGCUUCAACGAAGACUAUGAGGGAAGCGAGGGCCUCCUCCUCCUCUCUCAUAUCCUCGUGGCUGGUUUCGAGCCUUUCCAGAAUGCGCCUCCCCAGAUCCGUGAAGAGGCUUCCCGGAACACGUCCUGGUCCCAGCGCACUCUGCCGUCUCUCGAGGUGGCCAUCCUGACUGAGAGCAAACACUUCCUCAGCUCGACCACGUGCCAAAAGGUGGUGAGUGCCAUCUACGAUGGUCGCAUUAUCUACACCCCUUCGACCUUUUGGGACAUCAUCCCCGAUCAUUACAAGCAGAAGCCAAUCUCCCUCUACGACCCGCGUGAAUCUCCGUUGCUGAACCAGUAUCGUCUUAUUGUUCCCCGGACGAGAAGCUUCCUCGAGUCCAUCCAGUUUUCUAUUCUUCUCACUCUCUACGUCUGUGUUAUGAUAAAGAAAAGAAAGGACGAGAUAGCUUUUCUUGAAGUUUGCUUUGCUGUGUACGCAUUUGGCUGGGGACUGGAUCAGUUUGCUACUAUUCUUGCUCAUGGUUGGAACGUAUACACGCAGAAUCUCUGGUCUUUUCUUGACGUGGCAUUUAUACUCAUCUAUUCAAUUUACAUGGUGCUGCGGCUGCAGGGCCAGCGAACGGGUGACUUGGGAACAGCAGAGCAAGCGUUUGACGUCCUUGCGCUCGGUGCCCCUGUUGUGAUUCCUCGGCUUGCUUUCACUCUGUUGUCUGAUAAUCUCAUCUUCUUGUCGCUUCGAUCUAUGAUGGCCGACUUUUUUGCCCUCACCGCGCUGUCUGCUUGGUGCUUCUUUGGAUUUUUGCUCUCAUUGCUCUGGCUUGGCGAAAACGCCCACUCCAUUACGAAGAUAUCCUCUUGGAUGAUUUACAUUUGGUUCGGACUUGAUGGUGUUGGCAUAGAAAGAUCUACACAUUUGCUAACUCCCCCCCCGUCUGAAUUUCAUCGAUUCCUCGGCCCAAGUCUGAUGGUCGCAUUUGCAUUCCUUGGGAACACUCUAUUUUUAACAAUUCUUGUAUCUAUGCUGUCAAACACAUUCAGCACAAUCUCCUCCAACGCUGUUGCUGAAAUGCAGUUCCGCCGAGCUGUAUUGACUUUGGAGGGUGUCAAGGCCGACGCUGUAUUCGCAUACCAGCCCCCUUUCAAUAUCCUCGCCGUUUUCCUCUUCCUACCACUGAAAUUUGUCGUCAGCCCCCGAUGGUUUCACAAGAUUCAUGUUGCUACCGUCAAGUUCAUUAACCUACCUGUGCUUCUCCUCAUUGCUAUUUAUGAGAGACGGUUGCUAUGGUCCACCCACCGCGGGAAUGCUCGGACUCAAAAGUCUUUUUGGCAAAGGUGGCAUCUAUCUGCCAGCACGAAUUUACGUGGAGUCUUUCAGAUCCCACCUCCUGAGGAUAUCUUCGAAGACAUUGCCGUUGAUGACGAUUUGACACGGCACCUGAUCCGGCGACAAUUCAUGAGACAGACUAGUUCUGCGAACGAGUCGCGGAAAGCUCCGCAGACCCCGUCGAGACGGGACUCCAUGUUCCCUGGAAUUAGGAAGAGGUUACGUGGUUCCUUUGCUGAGACGGAGGAGUUUGAUGGAGUGUCCGCUCGUUUGGACUCGAUGGAGAAGUCCAUGAUGAGGCUUGAAGGGCUUGUCUUCAGGCUUUUGGAGAGGGAGGGGACGGCGGUUGCGGAAAAUGAGGGAAUGGAAGGCUCCAGUGACAGUAUGCUGACUGGCGAGAGCACCGCUGGCUUCACAGCCGAGCCCUCCUUUUACGGCGCGACGCAGUCGGAAGACGUUUCGGACUGA